UUAACAUUCAAGAUUCGAAUAAACGCACAUUAUCCAGUUUUACCCGCUUUUUGAUCAUCUCAAGUAAUAGUCGAGCUAGCUGAGAAUACACGGAGUAAAUCAUAAUAGUGAGGAAACAAAAGCUGUGAUUCUUAAAAAUUAGAAAUGAAUAGGGAUAGAAGAAGAGGAAGAUACAUAUCACCACAUGGCUCGAAAACGUGGGAAUACUUCGCAAUAUUCGCUUGCACACUGUUGAUAAUAUCUCUUGGCAUUGUGCUAGGAUGGAAUUCACCAAUGGUCGUGUUGUUAUCAUCACCAGACUCGCCAAUUCAUGAUAAUAAAUUAAAUAUUGCAACUUUAACGGCUUUCUUAUCAGCUGGUCAAAUGCUGGCACCAGUGAUAAAUGUAUUAGUAAUUGACAAAAUUGGAAGAAAAUAUACGAUUUUAUUGUGCGGUUUCCCACUCGUCGCAAGUUGGAGUAUAAUCUUAAUGACAAGAAACGCAUACAUGUGGUACCUAGCCAGAUUUUUGUCUGGCAUCUCUCUAGGAGUAGGAUUCCUCGUAGCUCCAAUAUACUUUGGCGAAAUAUCAUCGGUAAAAACGAGAGGUGCUAACGGAACCAUGAUUAGCUUCAUGUGCAAUCUUGGUAUCUUGGUAUCUUAUAUAAUAGUGCCCUAUUAUUCGAUAAACAACACAACGGCUGGUUUCCUUUUUCUGUCGAUCUGUUUUGGUUUUCUUUUUUCUUUUAUACCAGAAUCGCCAUAUUAUUUGGCGAUGAGAGGAAGAAUGGAGGAGACUGAGGAGACGUUACAAAAAUUUCGAGAAUCUUUCUCUAUUUGUUGGCUUUUACGACAAGCGGGGAUUACUGAGGGGCUAAUAUUAACCGUCUAUCCUACGUAUUAA